AUGCAACUCAUUGUUCCUGCAAAAAAAUCCUGUGGCGCUUCUAUCGGUGCAGCAGCAGCAUGCAGGACUCCUUUGCCCACCGAUAACUUGGCUUGUAUCUUAGCAGGGCACGGAGGAUUGAACCAGCUGGGUGGGGCCUUUGUGAAUGGCCGGCCCUUGCCAGAGGUGGUACGGCAGCGCAUCGUGGAUCUGGCACACCAAGGCGUGAGACCCUGUGACAUCUCCCGACAAUUGCGAGUCAGUCACGGUUGUGUCAGCAAAAUCCUCGGCAGGUACUAUGAAACUGGCAGCAUCCGGCCUGGUGUGAUUGGAGGCUCCAAGCCCAAGGUGGCAACACCCAAGGUGGUAGAGAAGAUCGGGGAUUACAAGCGGCAGAACCCUACCAUGUUUGCUUGGGAAAUCCGGGACCGUCUGUUAACAGAGGGUGUCUGUGACAAUGACACUGUUCCCAGUGUUAGCUCCAUCAACAGGAUCAUUCGCACAAAAGUGCAGCAACCAUUCAAUCUACCAAUGGACAACUGCGUGGUGCCUAAAACCUUGAGCCCUAGCCAUCAUAUCAUUCCCAGUUCAGCUGUGACCCCACCAGAGUCACCCCGGUCAGAUUCCACCUACUCCAUCAGUGGCAUCCUGGGAACUGGUUCACCCAGCAGUGACAACAAGAGGAAGAUCAAAGGCAGUGACCCGGAAAGCUGCAGCCUCAGCUCAGACAACCAAAGCAGCAGCAGCACCUCCCACAAGCACCUGCAGAAUGGCACCUAUGGACCAGUCCUGCUGGAAUGCCCAUCCGAAAGGCAGCACUUCCCAGAUGUCUACGCUUCCGCCAGCCAUGCCAAAGGGGAGCAGGCAGGCUGUUACACGCUGCCCCUGCUGGACAACGGCAAAGCUCUGCUCUCUCCUUCCCAUGCACCGCUGGGUCGCAGCCUGGCUGCUCACCAGGCCUACUCCACCGUGCCAGGGUGUGAAGUGGCUGGCCCCACGCUUCCCGGGUAUCCUCCUCACGUUCCAACUAAUGGCCAGUGUAGUUACAGCUCUUCUGCAAUUGCUGGAAUGGUGGCAGCAGGAAGCGAUUACUCUGGGAAUGCCUACAGCCACAGUCCUUAUUCAAGCUGUGGAGAAAACUGGCGCUUCCCCAGCUCUGCCCUACUGAGUUCUCCAUAUUACCACAGUCCACCCUCCCGGGGGGCCCUCCCCCACCCCACCAUGUACGACCACCUCUAGCUGACAUGGUUGCUGUGGCAGCCAGGACAGAAAAUGGAAGGGGGCUCAGUGCCUGGCAUGGUUCAUGAUGGAAGGCAGAAAACUUGGCCGGCCGGCCCACUGUACAUGGACAUUUGUAUGGGCAUGCAAGCCACUCAGCUAGAGCCAGGGCCAGAAAGGAAGACAGGCAGAGGUGGGUGAAGGGGGCUGUGGGCUGGACGGCAAAGUGGCAGGGUGGGUGAAGGGGACACAGGGACAUUGCAGGAAAGGAGCCCCGAGAGCCAGCCCCAUGGACAGGUGUGUCCUUUGGUCAUCACCAUCAUCGUAUCUCAUUUACUUCCUGCCUUUCUUUCCUCUCGCAAGGAAGCCAUAGACACCAAAAUAAAUUGCAAGGUAGAGAACUGGAAUUUGGCAGAGGGAGAGCUGAUCUGCUCAGAGAACAGUUGGCUGGGUACCCACUAGCCCACAGGAGAGUUACUGUAUAAGCCGUCACCGUGCAGUUGCUGUUCUCACCCCAUGGGAUCCUGACCACCUCUUAUUUGUGAAGGAUUCCAAGCCAUUCCCUUUUGUUUCUGGCACAUUCCAGCAGCAGGGAAGUUAGGUGCAAGUGGAACUUCACGUGCCAAGAACCAGAGUGCCAGAGGCCCCAGGUGGCUGCAGCCAUCCAUUCUGGCAGGCAUGGUUCCUAGAAUGCUACUGUAGGAAGGGCCUAUUUGGGCCACUCCUCUGUUCAGUGCAGGAAUGCAGAUUAAGGCCUCCCUAGUCAAGGCAGCAGAGUCCUGUGUGAAGCAGACAGCACUGCAGACGGAAGGAAUGUGUUGUGCUGCAGAUAGGGGAAGGCAGUUUGGGGCCAGAAGAUCACUGACAUGAGUACCGUCAGGGAAUAACAGGGCAGGAAGCGAAGGGGAGGGUGGUCAGGGCAAGCAAAGGAAACACAAAGCUGUAACCAGUACUUGUGGAGAGUAAAGACACUGCCCAGUUCUCCAAAAAAGGGUUCCUCCCUCAUGCAUCUCCUCAGAAAUGCCACUGAAAGCAACUUCCUUAAUCCAAGGGUCCCAAAGACUGCAGCAGGAUCCGAACAGACCUCAUGAUGCUUGAUCAUUCAUCCCCUUUCGUUAGGCACUCUAACUGGCAUCAUCUAGAGGCUGGCAGAGUGUUUGCAGAACACUAAGAGAGGAUCUGGUACGGAUUCUCAGAGCCACUAGGAGCUCUUCCUUGCUCGGCGAAGACUGCAGCAGCUGCAGCAUGUGAAAGAGCCUCACACUAGACCUGGAACUGUAUGUGUUACUAUGUACAUAUGUUUGUGCGUUGCAUUAUAUGUAUUUAGCGCCAGCCCUUCUUGCAUCAAACUAACUGGACAAUCUCCUCUUCAUAUCAUUAUCCUUUAAGUGACACCUGCUCAUAUUAAAGGCAUGCAAAACCCUUUCUUGGCUAGUACCAAUGUUGUCCUUCGAGGUGGUACUUGCAGAAAAGGUGGCAGUAGGCCCUGCCCUUC